CCGGAAAUAAUUUGUUGGCAUUAGCAACGUUUUGGUCGAGUUAAGCCGAAGAAAGAAACAAAAACACACAGACAGGAGACACGUUGAAGAACCGGCAAACUACCCUGUGAAGCCUCAUACUAAGAUUGUGAGGCAAUAGACAUUAACAGAAUGACAAGCUCUUCUACUCCUAGAAUGCAUACAUACAAGAGGACUUCCAGCCCUCGAUCACCAACGAAUUCAGGAGAGAUUUUCACACCAGCACAUGAAGAAAAUGUGCGCUUUAUCUAUGAUACAUGGCUUUGUGUUUUGAGAGACAUUAAAUCCCCACAAAAUAGUGAACGUAAUGACCGUGGACCACAGGAGUAUGUGGAGAAAAACCCUAAUCCUAACCUACGUUCUUUUAUACCAGUUGACCUGAGUGACCUUAAGAAGCGGAACACACAAGACUCCAAAAAGUCUUAGACCAUUCCCUGGCUCUUUGUGAUCCAGCAGUUUUUUUGUUUUGCUUUUUUGUCCUCCGAAUUACAUUUGGGACCUUUAAAUCUACCAAUUUUCUGUCAGCCAACAAAAAGCCACAAGCCAGAAUAUUUGGCCACAUUAAUCAAGAAAGCCUUUCUCUUCUCUGCCUCAUGGACCUGUGGACUGGACUUACAGGCUGACAUCUAUUUAUACAUUACAUUUCCAAGAGCCGUAUGAGAGGCCAUUCCCUUUUUCAUGUUUGUCUGGGCUCUCUGUUCCAGUAAAGCCCUGAUGUGACUUUUCAUGGGUUUUUCUUUGGUUUUAGGUUUAGAUAUUUCCUCAUGCACUUUCUUUUAUUUUGCCAAGAACAGUUGCUUAUACUAUUGGACAGUGUCCACACAAACUUUCUGUCGAUGGGAUACAGUCCUGUAAUCUGCUCCUUGUUCAAGCACAUUCAUUACCAGGAGCAGAGUAUUGAAGGGCUGACUGUUCAGUUAGUUUGAGAGAACGAAGAAAUAUAGAACGUUUUGACUGAAAGCACAGGCAAGUUUGGCUCGCCAAAUAUUUUUAGUAGAUAAACCUCAAUUUUUAACUAUUGAUUCCUUCAAGAACUUGAAGUAAACUUUUCAACAUCUUUCAUUCCCAGUCUUUAAAAAAUAUUAAAUAAAGAUUUCUUUUAUGCUGUCUCAACUUCUCUGGAUUAUAUUUAUCUCACUGCAUCUCUUUAAAGACACUAUAAAAUCAGAAGUUUGUGACUUAGUUCAUGUCUGUUGGCUGUGAAGCCAUCUACAUGCUUGUGUACUUCUAAAAGUUGACAAAAUGAACUUUUAACAGACAUAUCAUGCAUUUAAAUUUCACAGUUUUCUGAAUUAAGAAUUCAUAGAGGCUCUUUUGUUGUAUUAUAGAUGUUGUUUUGUGUGAUGUCACCAUUAGGGUGAUCUGUGCCCCCUUUGUUGAAGUUGGACCCUGUUAACACUAUCCCAGUUCUCCUUCUGUAUGUGCAACUGAAUUACAGGUGUUUCAGUGGAGAAUUAAGUUUACAUGAUGUUUGACCUAGCAUCAGUUGAACUUAAUUACGUUUUGUAGAUGCCAUUAAUCAGUUUAAUUGAGGGAACAAGUUUACUCAGUCAAUUGAGUAGUCAAAAUAUUAUUGUUUUCAGUGGACGUCCCAUUCCAACUUCCUCUUUCAAUAGAAAAUGUCAACACAGGAAACCGAACUGUGCUCCUCGAAAGAUUUAGGUCUUAAAAGUUGCAUGCCUCCUAUUGUUAAUCCAAACUGUUGCCUGCAUUUAGAAACACAUUUCAUCAACUGUGUUCCUAUUCAAAAACAUAUAUUCAGUCAGAGCACAUUGAACAAAUCGGUUUUAAGAAAUGGGAAUGUACUGAAUUAAUUUUAAAUCAUGUAUUGCAAUGUUGCCCCAUCUGUAUUUAGGCUAACUCAAGAGAUGAUUUGGGUUUUAGUAAUCUACAAUCUCCCGUGAUUGUGUUAUCUAUACACUCUUAAAAAUAAAGGUUCCAAAAAGGGUGUUUCGCAGCAAUGCCAUAGAAGACCCAAAGAAACUUUCUGUGAAAGUUCCCUAAAAGAACCAUUUUUAAGAACCCUUUUUUUGUCUAAAGAACCUUUUUCCACUAUGAGGUUCUAUGGAUGUUAAUAAAGAACCUUUAUUUUUAAGAGUGUAGAUUAUCAUGUUUCUGAAGGCCAACCUAUUUGUGAAGUUUAGCUAUUUCUGGUGGCCUUUGUGAAUAUCUGUUUUUAAGUGUUACUUACUGACUUUUUUGUUUUCAUAAAAGAAAAGUAGUUUGGGUGUUUAACACCUGUAUCAUGAUUAGGAUCCAUCAAAACUGCCAAAUGCACAAAAGGCAAUUAAGAGGAUUUAAAAAUGAAUAUUUGCCUUUACUCAAAACAAACAAAGGUGCCCUAUUAUCCACUGAUGGAGGUAUUUCUCACCUGCUAACUCUCACCUCUCACCUGCUAAAGAAAUGCAUAAUUCAUUCAUUUAGAGUUUGUUUUGAUGGGGGGAAGGUUUCAGGUUGUGAUUUUGAAAAUCUAACACGCAUGUCCAUCUUUCUGUGGCCAUUAGAAGAAGCGGACCAUAAAGAAUGUUGGACUUUCAUGGUAAUAAUAAUAAUAAAAUAUUUUCUGCUGAGUAAUUUUGUGUGAUCAUAGCAAGCUGUGUAAUUUGUAUUUUCUUAUUGUUAUUGUGAUUCAAGCAUCAGCUCCUGUUAUGUGCGAGUUUGAUUUUUACAGUUUUCAUAUAAAUAUGUAUUAUUUAAGUGCUUUAAAUGUCACUGUCUGAUGCCGAGUUCAGAAUGGCAUAACCAUACUUAUCUUUUUAUUUCUACUCUUAUGUAGUAAGAGUAGUAUGGGUAGUAUUUUGUUUUUGAACUUUUAUUAUGAUAAUGCUUUAUCUUCAUUGUAAAGUAAUGCUUACCAUUAAUAUAGUUGCAUGUUAAAUUUUAUAGUAACAUAUUAGAGAAAACGCCUGUAAAUACUAUUAGCAGUUUAAUAAUAUUUUCAGUGACGCUUUGUAGGCCAGGGUUUUUUUUCAGUUUUUUAUGCCACAGACCUCCAAAUAUGGUGACCCCUUUGCGAAGAAACCCCCUCCAAAAAAUACAAAGGCAGUAACAU